AUGUCUGAAUCGUCUCAAAGCGUCCUCGAUCUGUUCAGCUGGGCUUUCGAGAAGACCCUUGCGCUCUCUGAUGAUGUGCUGACCGAGCGAAUGCAGGCCGUCAAGUCCGAUCUCUACAACCGAGACUAUAUGGCAGCGUUUGGUUCUCAGGACAAUCUGGAUGUCUAUGCAGUCAGAUGGUCUCCCGCACGAGCACUGGCUUACCAUGAACUCUUUAAACAGCACAAUGUUCUUCGUCACGAUAAACCCAACGUUCUGUGUAUUGGCGGAGGAGCUGGGGGCGAACUCGCUGCCUUGUUAGGUCUUAUUGCUGAGACCCCUCAGAAAGAUGAGAUCAAGCUGAAUAUGGUCGACAUUGCGGCAUGGGGAGAGUGUGUCAGUAAACUGGAAGGUGCGUUCCCCAACAUUUACGACAAGAACACCAACAAGGACGCCGUCACCACUACCUUUGUCCAGGGAGAUGUCUUGAUUCCUGAGACCAUCCCAUCGUUCGCGCCCUACACUUGCAUCACUCUCAUGUUCACCACUAACGAAUUGUUUGCCGAGAACAAAGCUCAGACUAUCCGUCUACUUAACAGAAUGACCGAACAAUGUGAGAGUGGGACUCUUCUCUUGGUCUGUGAGAGUGCCGGAUCGUACUCUGAUAUCCAGAUCAACGGCAAGACCUUCCCUGUACAUUUUCUACUUGACCAUACUAUGGCCAAGGGCCGAAACUCGACGACAGGACCCUGGGAGAUUGUGAAUCAGUCCAACAGCGAGUGGUUCCGAAUCAACAAGGAGCUGGAGCUGGUGUACCCCUGGAAGUUGGAGGAUAUGAGAUACUUUUUCCGCCUUUACCGGAAGGUGUAG